AUGUAUAGCAACAACAACACAUCAUGUGAUCUCAACAGAUUACUGAAUGUCUACUUUGAGAAGGCAGUGAAAAUCAGAAGCGAUGAGAACGACCAGGUUAUUCAAGUUGUUCAUGAAACUGUGGACAAUAUCUUGAAGGCAGUGAACAAAGCUGAUCCGAGAUUUGCGCGGCCGAAUGAAGCAAAAUACGUCGGGUCAUAUUAUCAGGGUCUAAAAGUGAAAAGACCAGAUGAAUUUGACAUUACCGUUCCGAUGACACAGAUACCAAACCCAGUAUGGACAUCGCACAGGCGUCGAUAUUACGGUUUUAACCGAACUGUUCCGGAAUCACAGACCACAGUUCCGAAUGAUCUGACUGUUGUCAGAAAAGACUUUCCUUUGCCAUUACCGCCUCCGGGUCAAAUGUUUUUAUCCCUUAGAAACGAUCAUCGGACAUCACGGCAGCACAAAGAUUUGAUGUUCGAUGAUGAUCUCAUCCCGUUCCUUGUUCGACGAAUGUUCAAAAGAUUGGUCACUGACGCCAUCAAAGAUCUGGGCUUAGUAGAAAAAGUACGAAUAUCAAAGUUUGUUCACGGCCCGGCAAUAACACUGAAGAUCAACACUAGUGACCUGCCCUUUGAAGUUAGAGUUGACCUGGCGCCCAUGUGCAAUGCCAAGUUACCAUUCAUAUCCUGGACAGACUGGCCUAGGAGAGAAAGAAGAUGGCCACCGGAAGAAAAGAUAAAGGCGAUAAAAGCUACUGAAAUUAGUGCAGUAGCAAAGAAAGACUUUAAUUGGACGUUGUCUUUUUCCGAAUGCGAGAGGGAGUUAAUAAUGAAAAUAGACACCAAUGAAGGGGUGAGGACGAAAUGUCACAUGAUCAUGAAAUCCCUUCGGGAGGAAUUUUGGUGUCCAUAUGGAAUGAAGCAAGUGAUGACAUCCUAUGAUCUAAAGAACCUGCUGUUCUGGGAAUGUGAACGGAACCCACUGGACGGAGACUGGACUUCGGACAAGCUGGCUGAGCGAUUUCUGGGCAUGACUCAUCAACUUCUCGUGCACCUUCGCCAACGGCACCUUUCUAUGUACUUCUACCCAGACGUCAAACUAUUUAAGGAGGAAGACGCGGAAUAUUUGGAUGAAGUUGCUCGAAGAGUGGAAGACUUCCUCACAGAUCCUUCUUUGCAAUUGUGCAGUAAUCACUAA